AUGGCGGAUUCCGAGCUUCGCUCGGCCCCCGGCUGCUGCGUCCACUGCACCAACUUCUUGCGCAGCCAAAAGGGAAUUCUCCUGUUUGCUGAGAUUAUAUUUUGCCUGAUGAUUGUGAUCUGCUUCAGUGUCUCAGCACCAAAAUACUCCAGCCUGUCGGUGGUGGAGCUGAUCCUUGCUGUUUUCUUUUUUGUCAUCUACACGUGUGACCUGCACCCCAAGAUACGAUUCAUCAACUGGCCUUGGAGUGAUUUCUUCCGAACCUUCAUAGCAGCGAUCCUCUAUCUGACCACCUCCAUUAUUGUCCUUGUUCAGAGAGGACACCGCUCCAAAAUCACCGCAGGGGCACUGGGCUUAGUUGCCACGUGCCUCUUUGGCUAUGAUGCCUAUGUCACCUUACCCUGGGAGAAAUAA